AUGUUCAAGAAACUUGAGCUGAUUAUUCCCUUCUUAGAGGAACUUGAGCAAAUGCCAACCUAUGCAAAAUUCAUGAAAGAUAUUAUUUCAAAGAAGCGGACCACCGAGAGUGAUCCGAUUAUUCUAACUGAAACUUGUAGUGCUAUUUUGCAGGGCAUGAAGAUUCCGGUUAAAAAGAGAGAUCGAGGUUCAGUAACUAUUCCGUGCACCAUCAGUGAUAGGUCUUUCAAGAAAGCUCUGAUUGAUUUGGGAGCAAGUGUAAGUCUUAUACCAUUAUCCAUCUACAAAAGAUUGGGAAUAGGUAAAGUACAAGAUACACGAAUGACACUUCAGUUUGCUGACCAAUCGAUGAAAAGACCGUACGGAGUGGUAGAAGACGUGUUGGUGAAAAUCGACAAGUUCGUAUUCCCUGUAGAUUUUGUUAUUGUAGAGAUGCCCGAAGAUGAAGAGACCCCAAUCAUUUUGGGGAGACUAUUUUUAGAGACCGGGAGAUGCUUGAUCGACAUAGAGGAAGGUACAAUGACCUUGAAAGUUUAUGAUGAGGAACUAAAGAUUGAUGUGUGA